UAAAUAAAUAAAUACUUUAUAUAAAAUGUUGUGAAAAUAAAAUCUUUCAGAAGUCAAAGUUAAAUUUAUUUUUGGAAACAUUCAGGAAUAUUCAAAGUACAACUUCCAAAACAACUAAAUACCAUACAAGAGAAACAAGCAUGACUCAAAUAUCUUUUAGGAAUGAUAAAUGCAUUUACAAAUUACUGACAUUAUUUUGAAAAGUCACCUAUCGUUUUACCACCAAACUAAACAUUUAAGAAAAAAUAAAACUGAAACUGCUGGGAGGCUGAUGCAUGUCAAUGCUCAGCUUCGGUCACAGAAGUGUCAGUUUGGAUAGCCCUGCAGAAAAGAUGUAAGUUUGUGGUUUUUCGUAUGUGAGACGCUAACCUUUUCUCAGAAAUCAGCAGAAAAUGAACUUGGUGUCAGAAUGAGGGCGUGCUUUACCACUUGUGUCCAUCCUGUCAAACGGUCUUCUCAAUAAAAGGCAAAGAAGGGAUUAAGAGCAAUAGUUGAGGGAGAAAAUCUGAACUCAAUGGCAUCCAUUCGAUGUGCAGUCUUUCUGACAGUUUUGCUGUCUGGUGAAAUGGCUCAGACAAAAACCUCACCGUCAUCCUCUCUCCGUCAUGACACAGCGUUUUUGUUAGUUAAAUCUGGAGAAAAGUUGAUUUUGAAAUGUUUCUAUGAAGACGUAGUUGAUGCUCGAUUUUAUUGGUAUAAACAAAGCUUAGGGCGGAAGCCGAGACUCAUUUCUUCCUCAUAUAAAUACGACAAAGAGGGAACAUUCUACGGAGAAUUCAGCAACAAUUCACGUUUCACACUGGAUGAUAAAAAGGGGACAAAUCACCUGAUGAUUGAAAACCUACGUGAGUCAGAUUCAGCAACAUAUUACUGUGCUAGCAGCUAUCUGUACAACUUUGAAUUCUCAGAUGGUAUAACAGUCAGUGUUGAAGAUUCUAGUUUAGCCAUCCAGACUUCAGUGGAUCAGUCGUCUUCUGAGAACAUCCACACAGGAGACUCUGUGACUCUGAACUGUACAGUACACACUGGGAGCUGUGAUGGAGAACACAGAGUUUACUGGUUCAGAGACUCUGAAGACUCUCAUCCAGGACUCAUUUACACUCAUGGAGGCAGGAAUGAUCAAUGUGAGAGAAACAAUGAUGCACAAACACACAGUUGUGUGUACAAGCUGCCCAUGAAGAACCUGACUGAGUCUCAUGCUGGGAUCUACUACUGUGCUGUUGUCUCAUGUGGGCACAUACUGUUUGGAAACGGAACCAAACUGGACCUUACAGCUGAAGUCCAGAACCAUAAUUACCUCUGGAGUGGAGCGCUCUUUUUCAUGUCUCUUCUGUCCAUUUUCCUGGCGAUCUCAGUUUGCUCGAUGACUAAAUCGCACAGCAAAAAAAUGUCAGGGUCAUCAUACCCCCACACAGGUUCCAUGGGUCUCAUGUCAGCAGAGAAAAUGUACCACGCGGCCGUUUGUGGCAACCUGGCAAACAGGUCGCUAAGACUAAGGGAUCCCACAUGGAGCGAGUGUGUGUACCAAAGCAUGAAGCGCUGAAACUUCAAAAUAUACCUUGUUGUUGUUGUUGUUGUUGUUUUGUUUUUUAACUUCCAACAUUGUAAUCCUUGAAUAUUUCAGUAAUAAAUGUUUCAACUUUUCUUUAAGUAAUUUGACACACUUAAACUUUGUAUUGUGUUUGUUUUUUUUGUUUUUUUUAUUUCUGUUACUGAUUGACUUCAUUAAUUGAACUAAGUUUUAUUUAAAAUAAGUCCUUAGAUUAAUAAAACCAUGUUUUUUUAAUUUACUGUUUUUCUUAAAAAUUUCAUGGCACACAUUUUUUUUAUUGCUUUACUUGAUCAAAAGAACUACAAAACAUUUUGACCUCAAUUUGUCUUCCACUCCCAACACCUUCUUUGCAAGAUGACUCGAUUUUUUUCUGAAAAUAAAAUAUUAAA